UCUUGUCAGCGAAACGUGAGCAAACGGGGUGACUAAAAAAGAUAUUUACAGAUAAAACUUAUUAUAUAAAUUUGCACGUAGUUACUCUUUAACCGAAAAUUAUACUCAACUUCAAUUAUAGGGGUCAUAUAUUUUCAUCGAGUAAUAAAACAAAGAUAAAAGAUGUCGUUUAGAAUAGUGAGACAGAGCAAGUUUCGUCACGUUUUCGGGCAACCCUUGAAGAGAGAACAGUGUUAUGAUAAUAUCCGAAUUACUAAGAAUUCGUGGGAUUCGAACUUCUGUGCAGUUAAUCCCAAAUUUAUAGCAAUCAUCACUGAAAUAGCAGGAGGAGGAGCAUUCUUGGUUUUGCCGUUAUUCAAGACUGGAAGAAUCGAUGUCAGCUACCCACAAGUGGCUGGGCACAAGGGGCCUGUCAUGGACAUUGCUUGGUGUCCUCAUAACGACAAUGUCAUAGCAAGUGCCUCUGAUGAUACUCUCGUCCGAGUUUGGCACAUCCCUGAUGGAGGUCUUGUCCGACCCUUAAUUGACCCUGUUGUUGAGUUAGUAGGCCACCAGAAGAAGGUUGGCCUAAUACAAUGGCACCUGUCUGCUAAUAAUAUAUUGUUGAGUGCAGGUGGUGACUGCAAAAUAUAUAUCUGGAAUGUUGGCACCGGGGAAAUCCUGUUUCAGAUCAAUCACCCUGAUGUUAUUUACGAUUGUUGCUGGAGCUGGGAUGGAGGUCGUAUUGUCACUACGUGUAAAGACAAGAAAAUCAGGGUUUAUGAUCCUCGCACGGGGGAAAUCGAACAGGAAGCCAUGGGCCAUGAAGGAGCUAAACCUCAACGUGCAGUUUAUCUCAAGAAUGGUUUGAUACUUACCACAGGAUUUUCUAGAAUGAGUGAACGACAGUAUGCACUACGUAGCGAGGUGGCUUUGGAUUCACCCUUCACGUUGGAGGUGUUGGACAUCAGUAAUGGUGUGUUGAUUCCGUUCUAUGAUCCAGAUGUAAACUUAUUGUACCUGUGUGCAAAGGGAGACAGCAACAUACGAUACUUUGAAAUAACAGAUGAGCCUCCAUUUGUUCAUUAUAUUAACACAUACCAGUCCACGGUCCCCCAACGUGGUAUGGGAAUGAUGCCAAAACGAGGCUGUGAUAUCAAGCAUUGUGAAAUAUCAAGGUUCUUUCGAUUGCACUCUAGUGGUUUUUGUGAAAUCCUAUCAUUUACUGUUCCAAGAAAGUCUGACCAGUAUCAAGAUGAUCUGUAUCCUAAUACACUUGCAGAUGUUCCUGCUAUUUCAUCUGAGGAGUGGGCUGAUGGGAAGGAUGCAGAACCAAUUUUGAUAUCCCUUAAAGAGGGCUUCAUCCCUACCAAAAAGCAGGAAUUUAAGGUUAUGAAGAAGCCAAACAUCCUAGAUAAAAUGCCAAAACAUACAGUGCAAGCUCCAUCAGCAGCUUCUGGCAAGAAGAUAGAAGAACUCUUAGAAGAAAUGAAGAAAAUGAAAAUCACUAUAAUCAAUCAUGAACGCCGUAUCAGAGACCUAGAAAAGAUACUGGAAUUUCCAAUAGCAUCAAAGGAAUCUGUACCAGGCUUGAUGACUGAUUUCAGAUCCCCACCCUUCAUCUUUCCAGAAUAAUUAUAAAGCCAUGACAAAUCUCAGCUCAUGGGUUGUGGUAUAGUCACUCUAUUGCUGUGGCUACUAGUCAGUUGUGUUAAUCUACUGAAAAGGUUAGAGAAUAUUAGGAGUCAUACGUGGUUGGUCUGAAUGACCCAUGACCAGUGAGGAGUAAGUGAAAUACCACCUUUCUUCAGUUCACAUCUGGUAACUAUGGUUCAUUACUAUAGACCAGCUUCAAAAAUAUUACCUGUAACAGCUGUGACUUCUUGUAUGGCAUGAUUAAGUUUAGAGAUCAGUAUAGACUGACCAUUCACUAGUUCACACACUUUCACUUGUUACUGGAAAAUACAUUUUUUUUCUGUUUAAUGUAGGAGUAAAGUAACAUGUAUAAAAUAAUUGUUCAUAACUUUUGGUGAAGACCACUAGCAUUCUAGCACCACAUCCUAUUAUUGUACAGUUACCAGCCAUGUUCGUUGUUUCUGUACACUUGCCAUUGUCUUUUUCAUGAUGUUUUGUAAUUACACUGAAGAGUCAACUUUAAUGCACUCCUAAAUAGCAGCUUCCUAAUGUUUUCAAACAAUUAAUACAUUGUAAAUUCCAAGACCCUGCUUAGGCAAUACAAGCAGUUAAUAUGUUCUAUCAUCUAGGGUCUUGUUUUAGUAACACAGAACAUACAAAAGACUAGUGUGCUCAUAAUAUCCUGUUCCAAGGCAAGGUUUCCACCUUCUCAGCAUGUUAGAUUAUAGGGGUAUCACCAAAGAAUGGUAGGUAGUCUGGGAGUGUUCCCCAUCAUGGGGGCACCACAUUAUAAAAACAUUUUAUAAAAUGGGUGAUAGAAUCCUAAAGGAACUUUUAUUCACUCCACACUUGUUAAUACAGAUGGAGAUUGCAUAAACCAUGAAAUAAAAGAUUGAUACACACUUGUAGUUGACCUACAUAGAACACUGUAGAUUUAUUAUAUUAAAAUGUUUAGUCUAAAAAAAUUUAAUCUUUUGAAAAUAGAAAACUUAAACCACUCUAAAAUGAUAGACAUGUAGAGGAUAGGUGGCAACCCUAUUUCAAAUUUUUGACAUACUCAUUCCUACUAUCAUUUGACUUGUAAAAUCUGAUGGCCACUUCUGAAAUAUGAUUUGAUGAUUACUGUAUCUUUAUCUUGUUGGUGACCAUACUUGCUCUACUGGUGUUUCUGCAGAUAUCAAAACUAAAUGUGUUGUGUCUGUACCAAGGGGACUUGUAGAAUAAUGGGGUUAUUUAUUACGAAUAAUUAUGAAAAUCUUCACCAAAAUUUUGAACAAAAACUCCUAAUUUUUCAAAUCAUGGAAAGUUCACACAAAUAAUCUUAUUAUAAUGGAUGUAGUGUGUAUGUCAGUAUCUAUGUAACCAAAAUUCCUGUGCCAGCUAUUGAAUGGCACCACAAACAAAAAUCCAUAAAAAAUUCAAACUUUGGGUAUUCCAGAUUCAAACAAUUAGAAAAAUAACUGUGGUAUGUGCA